UUUAUCUUCUAGGUCCUUCUUUCUAUCUUUCUCUCUCUCUCUUCUUCUUCUUCUUCUUCUUCUUCUUCUUCUUCUUCUUCUUCUUCUUCUUUCUUUGCCCACCUUACACUCGUGUCCUUGUUUCACAGAAACAAAAAGCGCAUAUUAAACAAUAACAAGGAAGAAUAAAACAAUUCCAGAAUCUCACAUUCAGAUCUCCAUGGGUGAUUCAGCUAACACUGUCAAUCAUGGCCACUCAAGUAACAACACUACCAACAACAACACCACUAACAACAGUGCUGCCUCAGCUGGAACUGGUAUGAGCAAUGCCUCAGCAGUAUCAGGAACUGGAACUGGAACUGGAACUGAAGGGUCAGGAUCUUCAAAGAAAUCAUUGCCAGCCAAGGGUAAAGGCAAGCUCAACCCAGCUGCCAAGGAUUAUGUCCCUCAAGCUGCUCUAGUCUCUCAGGAAGGCUCCUCUGCAGAACCAUCAGGAUCGAAUAGUAAUAGCACUAAUCCACGGAAUCGAAGUAGACGUCAAGGUAAUUCAGUCCAUAAAUCAAACAAUAACGCCAACGGUAGAACGAUAGUAAAGGACAACAAACCUUCAGAUCAUGCUAUCGGAUCUGCAUCCGUUGACACUACCACCUCCAAUACCAAUGCCGAUGUCGAUGCCAAUACCAAUACCAAUACCAAUACCACCAACAGCACUAACAACAAAAGCAAGAGCCGUCGCAGACGUACGCCAAAACAAACCCCCGAGAAUCGUUUCAGUGGUGGUGGUGGUGCACGCAUCGAUGACGACGAAGAUGAUAUUGAAAUCAAUAUGGAGCGUCCUGUUGAGCCUUCAGAAGAAGGAGAAUCGGUCAGGAAGAAUCAAUCUGGUGCUUCUGGAUCUGGAUCUGGGUUAGAUCGUCGUCGUGAAAGACGUCGUAAAGGCAAAGGCAAAGACAAGGAAGCCAACAUUACCGCAUCUUCAUUAUCAUCAUCACCCUCGCCAUCAUCAACUUCCGUAUUAAAAUCACAUCAGCAAAGUAGAGGCGAAAACAGGGGAGGAUCACGACGAACUAAAGAAGAUGGAGCAAAUAAUACACAAGCAGAAACAUCUUCUUCUAAUCCCCGUAGAUCUAACAACAAUAGCCGAUACAAUAACAAUAGCAAUAAUAGUAGCUCUCAACAAGGCGAUGGUGAAGGUAGCAGCAGCAACAAUAAUAACAAUAGACGACAGAGAAAUCGAAAGACAGCUGAUCAGGGUGGUCGUGCAUUUCCUUCUGCAGCAGUAGCAUCGUUCAACGGCGCAGAUCAUCAGCAGCAGACAGGAGAGAGCUCUAGGCCUCAACGAAAUGGUCCAAGGAACGGACAACAGCAACAACGGUUUGUUCAUUCCAGGAAGUCUGUACGAAAGGCGGAAGAAGAUAAAGAUCUGAUGGCUGCGCUUACGACUGGCCUUACGAACUCGACGUAUGAUUGUAUGGUUUGUUGGGAUGUCAUCCGGCCAGCCCACAAGAUUUGGAAUUGUCAGGUCUGUUGGGCUGCAUUCCAUCUGGACUGUCUUUCUAAAUGGGCCAAGAAAUCGUCUGAAGAUGCCAAUAAUAACGGAACUGGAUGGCGCUGCCCUGGAUGCCAGAACACUCAGAUGUCGAUUCCAAAGGAGUAUGUCUGUUUCUGUGGAAAGGUCAAUAACCCAGAGUUCAACCGUUAUUUCACUCCCCAUUCCUGUGGGGAGCGUUGCGGUCGCUCUAGAGAGUGUCCUCAUCCAUGUAAUAUUCCUUGCCAUCCUGGGCCAUGUCCCCCAUGCAGUGGUCUCGGCCCUAUUCAAUCAUGCUACUGUGGAAACGAUACCUUCCAACUGCGCUGUGUUGACACAGAUUUUACAUUCCAAACAGGAAGAUCAUGCAACAAAGUUUGUGAUGAGCUUUUAGGAUGUGGAAAACACACAUGUUCAUCUGUUUGUCACCCUGGGCUGUGUCCACCCUGUGAAGAAGUAGAGGAGCAGCAAUGUUACUGUGGAAAGCAUCAACGCCAAGCGCGCUGUGGCGAUGGGGAGCCUAGAACUUCUAUAGUAGAUGGCAAGGAUGUGACAGGAUUUUAUGGCUGUGAAGAGACCUGUAAUAGGCCUCUUGCAUGUGGUAAUCAUGAGUGCACCAAGGGCUGUCAUCCAUUAGAUAAAGAGUUAGGGCAAUGCCCUGCCAGACCUGAAGUAGUCAAGACAUGUCCCUGUGGAUCAAAGUCCGUCGAGGUUUUGUUGAAGGGCAAGACAAGAGAGUCCUGUACUGACCCGAUUCCUGUCUGUGGAGGUGUUUGUAAAAAACCCUUGAACUGUGGACAUCGCUGCAUGCAAAAAUGUCAUCUCGGUGAAUGCUCACCAUGUAGGAUGAAAGUUGAAGUGAACUGUCGUUGUGGAUCCACCAGGGUCCAGAGAGUUUGCUCAGAGUUGGGUCUUUAUGGAGAUGAGCUCCCAACGUGUGACCGUCUGUGUAGGGGCCUUCGUACCUGUGGCAAACAUGAAUGCACGAAUCGAUGUUGUCCUGGUAAGAACAAGACGAAAACAGGAAAGAUCGAUCCUGCCGCUUUGGAGGCCCAUACUUGUCCGUUAGUGUGUGGCAAAAAGCUCCAAUGUGGUGUUCAUACCUGUGAAAUGUUGUGCCACAAAGGACAUUGCAACCCUUGCCUGCGCGCUUCAUUUGAAGACCUCUCAUGUGCAUGCGGCCGCACUGUUGUGCAAGCUCCUAUCCCAUGUGGCACUCCUAUUCCAAAGUGUCGGUAUAGUUGCACGCGUCCACGCGCUUGUGGACACACUUCCUUCUCCAACCAUCCUUGCCAUCCCGAUAGUGAGCCAUGUCCGCCCUGUAUUAUGCUCGUACCAAAAGAAUGUAUGUGUAAAAAGACCCUUAUGCCCAAUGUACCUUGUCACAAGAAUAACCCAUCAUGUGGCAAGGUCUGUGGCAAGCGACUGGAUUGUAACUUGCAUACGUGUAUCAAGUCAUGUCACUCUGGCGGAUGUCUAUCACCACCAACAGAUGUCUGUCAUCAGCCUUGUCCCAAACCGCGCAAGAGCUGCGGACACAAGUGUGGUAUGACAUGUCAUGGUGACACACCAUGCCCUGAAGAUCAACCUUGUUCUGUGAUUGUACCUUCAAGCUGCAAAUGCGGACACUUGACAAUGGAAUCGGCCUGUAAUGCGACUACAGAGAAUCCAUGGGAUGGCAAACCAAGAAUCAUCAAAUGCAAUGAUUAUUGCUUGAUCGCAGAGCGUAACCGACGAGUUGCUCUUGCCCUCGAGAUUGAGGAAGGAACGCAUGCACCGGGUCCUCGCAUACCUGAAUACGAUGAUUAUGUUUUGGACUAUGCUUCUGCUAGUAUGGAGUUUACGCUCAAGAUUGAGAAGCAAUUGGCAGAAUGGGUUGCAGAUACUUCGAAACCGAUCCUUUAUUUCCCGCCAAUGAAGGGCCAUCGCCGCAAGUUUGUUCAUGAGCUCGCUGCUCACUACAAUGUCAUCUCGGAGAGUGUGGAUGUUGAGCCCUAUCGAAGUGUCAAUAUCAUGAGACAACAUAACACAUCUGUGCCUGACCUGUUGGUCUCUCAAGCUUGUCGUCAGAGACGAUCAACUGGGGCAUCCUCUUCUAGCAGUGGCACUACCAAUGCUGUGGAGCAACUUCGGAAGCCAACGAUCAAAGAUCCCGUGAAUGCGAUCUACUUGCAUGAUUUGGCCUUUGGACUUACACGCUCAGAGCUAGCGGCACAAUUGGCGCCCAUUUUCGGGAACAUCAAGUAUGGCAUCCGGUGGUUGACAGAUGAUGACGCUGUAUUGGUACCACAUCCUGGUUCGAUGCAGAUGGAUGAAUUAGAAGCUGUGCUCAUCCGCUUACGAACAGGGAUCAAGGCUGCGGCUGCCAAGAGCAAUAACCUCUGCGAUCGAGUUGAGUUGUGUUGGGUCAAUAAGGAGGGAGAGGUGGUUAGUCAUACAAGUAUUGGGGGUGGAUCUCAAAAACGAUUCUUCAAUGCUAGCCAGGGUAAUCAAUGGUUACAACAGAAACAUGCGCCUGCAAAAGUAGCAAAUACGUUUGCAUUAUUGGAUGAUGAUGAGCGUAUUGCGGCAGCCAAAAGGGCCGAAGAGGAGAGGAUCUUGAAGGCCAAGGAGGCAGCAGGAACAUUGAGUUCGGAUGCAUGGGAUGAGGAAGUAGCAGGUGCUGGAUCUAUAUCAUCGUUGCCACCAUCGGUCCUGACAGCUGGUGGAUCUAGCUCGACCUCAGCUGAGAGCAGUAGCAGCGGCCGUCAUUCAAAGAUGAAAGAUGAUUUGGCAAAGUUUGUGGUUAUAAAGGAAGGGGAAUUUACAGACGAGGUAGUGGAUGACUGGCAAGAGCUGCUAGACGAUGAUGAUGAAGAAGAAGGAAAUAAAGAAAUUGAAGAGGAGAAGGAGAAGGAAAAGGAGGAGGAGAAGGAGGAGGAGAAGGAGACAGCAGCUGAAGUCAAGACUGAGUUGGCUAAGGAAGAGGAUGAACGGUGAGAGCCGAUGGUGUGGUCAGAGUAAGUUGCAAAGCAAGGAGUAAAGCAAUAGAUCAAUAGAAUGGUCAGCAAUAUAUACAAUAAGCAAAUCGAUAAAAUUGAUAUUAAAAAUAAAAUCCGACAAGGAGAUAGAC